CUCCCAUCGAUCGCGAGAGGGGCGCCCAACAACAGAAAUAACCACUCGCUCGUUGGGGAGAACCAACCCCCCCUUUCCCGAAAAGCGACCCCCCGGGCGAAACCCUAAAUCCGGAAAAACAAGAAAAGUUUUCGAGCGGGAGAUUCCGCCCAUCGCUUUCGAUUCCGCUCCCGGCGAGCAUCCGCUCCGAUUCGUCCUCGCGCUCGCCGGAUUCCUCCGAAUUCGUCCCGCGUCGUCGAAGCUCCGAGCAGGCCCGAUUGUGGGAGCUCGUCGAAGCCGUCCAGCGGGGUUCGGGAAUUGGGGGACCGCUUGCUGAGGUGUUGGAAGAGCGUGUGGGACGGAGUGCGAGCUCGGGGCGUCCGGGAUCCAUGCCAAAGGUUCGAUUUUCUCGCCGGCCCGAGAUUGCUGGCGCUCUUUCUUGAAUUGGGUCUUGCUGCGCGCGUCUUCUUGGCGUACCUUUGUGAUUUACUUGGAGUUUCUUGCUGGAUUAAUCAUGGAUCCUGAAGCCAAGAAGUUUGGAAGUGGGCUUAGGGAACUCACCGGUGCCGUAGAUCUUAUCAGUCACUUCAAGUUGUUGCCCCACUAUGAUUAUUUCUGCAAGCGGACACUACCUUUGUCAAUAUCUGAUACCUCCUACCUUCACCAUGUUGUGGGUGAUACGACAAUUAGAAAAGGAGAGGGGAUGCAACUGGACCAACUUAUUCAGAAUGCAUCUUAUUCUCAAGGAUCCAAUGUGCACAUACGGCCUUUUGACCUUGAAGUUCUCAGUGAUGCUUUUCAACUGAAGGAAACUGCACCUGUCGAACUUCCUCCAGAGGAAAAAGGCAUACCAACAAUUGCAGGAAAAUCAAAAGGUGAAUCAAAAGACAAAGAUAGAAAGCAUAAGAAGCGGAAAGACAGAGACAAGGAGAAGGAUAGAGAACAUAAGAAGCACAAACACCGUCAUAGAGAUCGAAGUAAAGAUAAAGAAAAGAAGAAGGAUGGGAGUGGACAGCAUGAUUCUGGAGUUGAUCCUUCAAAAAAGCAGAGUGAAAAGAAAAGGAAGCACGACGAAGAUGAAAAUCUUAAUGACAUCCAGAAGCAUAAGAAAAGUAAGCAUAAGAGUUCAAAACUUGAUGAGGUUGGUGUGAUAAAGGUAGCUGGCUGAGAAUGUGGCAUGCUGUCACUCAAGUAUUAGUCUUUAGAUGUUAGCAGCAGCUUGGUGGGAUUUUGUCCCUUCAAAUUCCUUGAGAUCAAAUGUCAGUGCGUAGGAGUAUAACUUGCAGAUGACAGGGAUCGCGGAAAGUGAACUCUGUUUUCAAAGGAGGGCUUUGUAGAUCUCGCGUGUUCUCCUCCUCACUCUUUGUGGCUAAUUCGAUGUCAAAGACUCAAAUUAUUUUUAGAUUUAGUUAUUGGUUUAGGAGAUGCUUAGUGGUGUGAAUAGUCUCAGAUGGUCAUUAGCUUUUUGGACUGAUGAGAAUAGGAUUUGGGGAUAGGGGAUGUUGUGAAUGCUUUUAGCUUUCCCCUUGUGUUGAUGUAAAUGACUCUCCUCGUCAAUUGUUGGCAACUUGUAAAUGUGAGGUCGAUGGUGGCAUGUCAUCAAAUAAUGUCUGAUCAUUUUUGUAAGAUUAUUAGUGGCAUGGUGUUUAGAAUUGUGCUCCUUCAAGUGGUGGCACAAGGUCGCAAAAUCGGUUUAAAUUAAAUAAAAUGUCAUGCCCUCA